UAUGGAUCUAUAAACGUCUCACAGUCUAAUUCAACCAAUGCAACUGAUGCGUUGAUCAAAGUACAAUAUAAUUCAUUAGCAAAUGAUAAAAUUCAAAUCACACAAGAAACAUAUGGAAAUUCUUAUGCUAUAAAAAUUGUACAAGUAAACUCAAUCACUAUGUUUGGUCUUAGUAUACCACCUAGAUGUAUAGUAGCGAAUAUUGACAUCACUCUACCAUUAAUCAUGGAUCCUAAUACUAAUGAAACAACAUUUCAUACGGAUGAUUUUGAUAUAACGUUUGCAGAGAAUGCUAACAAGUAUAACCAAUCACUAACGAUUAAUAAUGAAGAUUCUAAGAUUCAAUUUAAUAAUUUAUCCGCCAAAUCAUUAGUUAUUAAUUCUAAUGCUGGUUAUGUAAAUGGAACAAUCACAGGCAUCGAAAAUAAUUUUAGUGUCAUUGCGGAUGAUGCUGAUUUAAAUCUAAGUGUUGGAAUUGCUGAUAAUGCAAAGUCUGCUAUGGUUGAUAUUGUAAAUGAUGUGGCAAAUGAUAAAAUUCAAAUCACACAAGAAACAUAUGGAAAUUCUUAUGCUAUAAAAAUUGUACAAGUAAACUCAAUCACUAUGUUUGGUCUUAGUAUACCACCUAGAUGUAUAGUAGCGAAUAUUGACAUCACUCUACCAUUAAUCAUGGAUCCUAAUACUAAUGAAACAACAUUUCAUACGGAUGAUUUUGAUAUAACGUUUGCAGAGAAUGCUAACAAGUAUAACCAAUCACUAACGAUUAAUAAUGAAGAUUCUAAGAUUCAAUUUAAUAAUUUAUCCGCCAAAUCAUUAGUUAUUAAUUCUAAUGCUGGUUAUGUAAAUGGAACAAUCACAGGCAUCGAAAAUAAUUUUAGUGUCAUUGCGGAUGAUGCUGAUUUAAAUCUAAGUGUUGGAAUUGCUGAUAAUGCAAAGUCUGCUAUGGUUGAUAUUGUAAAUGAUGUGGGUAUAAUUUCAACAAAUUAUCCACAAGAAGUUAAAAUAAGUGACAAUGAACAUAAAGCCAAUGACAUCAACACAUCCAAUAAUAGAUUUACAAAUGGUAGUUUAACAAUUAAAAAUAUUAGUGGCAAGGAAACUGUUGAAGAAAAAGACGUUCUAUACAAUCCAUCUACUACCGAAACUAUGGAUAAUGAUGGUGAUGACGGGUCUGAUUGUAGUAAAUCAAAGGAAAAUAAAAUUUGUGCUUUUCAUGUACAUCAGCCAAUAUGGAAUGAAAUGUGUCGAGGAGAAUCAUUGAAUAACAAUCAUCCUGAACUAAACACUUGUCCCUUUUUCAAUUUUACUUUUUGUGUAAUCUUUAAUACCAUAACUGAAUUUCCUAUCAAUAUACCCGCUGUACCAAGAUGUUAUUGCGGCAAACCAAUAGUUUUGAGAAGAAUUAUUAGACGGCAUAAUAAGGGAAAAUGGUUUAUGUCAUGUGCAAGUUAUCAGAUACCAGGAGCAAGACCAAAAUGUGCAUGGUUUGAAUGGGCUAAUAAAGUAUUGUAUGAUAAAAAAGAUCAAUCAAAUAUCAGCAUUAGUGAAGAAGAAAAGGAUCAUGACGAUAAAGAUGUUACUAGACAUUUUCAGGAAAUAAAAGAUAUUCAAAUCAACAAUCAUGAUGACAUUGAUUUCUUUAACACAUAA